GAACUGUAGUUUUGAUCUCUGACCUAAAACCUUAAACGUCAUGGCAAUUACAUAAAAUCUUUUUCAGGUUCUUGAACUUUAUUACUGGUCGUCGAAAUCUCCGAUCGGCAGGUAUUUUCAGUGGGACAGAAGAGAGCGUUAAUGACUGGUUAGAUGUUUUUAGUAACUUCCUGUGAAUAUGAUAAGGAAGUGUAAACAGCGCGCAUGGAGGGCGUGUCUGUGUCAUAUAUGUUCCUGUUAGCUGUGAUCAUGGGGAUUUCUCUUUAAAAUGUGUCUUUAGUGCUGGAUUAUGGGGGACGCGGCGGUAGCGAAGCGUCGGGAGCAGUUGACGCGUUGGUCGGGCUCCAGUACAGACAGAGAGCCGGCGGUGCCGCGGAGUCGCUGGAGAGGAGAGACGAGCACCGGAGCUCCUGUUGGAGGCAGAACAGACACCAAUGAGCAGCAGAAAAAAAACAGGUUGCGGGUAAGGUUUGAGAAGACUGCAGAGUUCUUAGCAGUGUGUGCUAGUGGUGACACAGAGGAGGCAGGCGAGAUGCUGAGAGAAGUACGAGUAAAGAACGGAGAUGACGACGUGGUCAACUGUGCCAAUGCAGAUGGAAUAACAGCUUUACACCAGGCCUGUAUCGAUGGCAGUAUGGAGAUGGUGGAAUUUCUUCUGUCUCAGGGUGCCAAAGUUAACCAGGUGGACAGUGAGGGUUGGACUCCUCUUCAUGUGGCUGCAUCCUGUGGGAACCUGGAGAUAACAGAAUUUCUGCUCCAGCAGGGUGCAUCUCUCUGCACCGUGAACUGUGAUGGCGAUGUACCACUGGACAUUGCAGAGGAUGAGGCCACAGAGACACUGCUGCAGGAGCACACUUCAACUCAUGGUAUGGAUGUGGAAGCAGCUAAGCGGGCAGAAGAGGAGUGGAUCAUGCAUGAUGCCCGCCAUUGGCUCACAGACGGGCUACCUGCUAAUAUUUGCCACCCCCGGACUGGUGCUACUCCCUUACAUGUUGCAGCAGCUAAAGGAUAUUUGGAGGCCAUUAAAUUGUUGUGUCAAUGUGGUCUGGAUGUGAGUUCUAAAGACUACGAUGGCUGGACUCCUCUCCAUGCUGCGGCUCACUGGGGGCAAAGUGAAGCCUGCCGCCUGCUUGCCGAGCAGCUGUGUGACAUGGAGGCCAUUAGCAAUGGGGGUCAGACUCCAUUUGAUGUGGCGGACGAGAGCGUUGUUUCUUUACUAGAAGAGCUGUCUCAAAGACAGGCUAAUUGGAGGACUGAACAGGCACUUUUUGAGCAACAGAAUUCACAGAUCUCAAAUGCCAACACUGCAAACAAGAAACGCAGCUCUGUGUGCCGGAUGAGCAGCAGGGACAAAAUAUGUGUACAGGACCAGUCUAAAGAACGAGGGGUCUCAGGUGGCCUGGAUCUCAACGAUGAGAGAGAAAGCAGCCCAGAAAGUUCAACAGUAUCAUCUCCAGAAAGCAUUGUUCCUUCUUCAGAGACCAGUGAGGAUAAAGAAGUCAAGGUGAAUGAUCAGGACAGAGCGAGUCGCACAGCAGUUGUGCAGCCCACCCCUCAGAGGCGAGAGUCACCCGCUGAGAGCCCCAGUAACGCCUCUAGUGACGGAAGGAAGUUUCAGGCUCCAGUGAGAGACGAGGAAUCAGAGUUUCAGAGGAAAGCUCGCUCGCGUCUCAUGCGGCAGUCACGCCGAUCAACACAGGGAGUAACACUGACAGAUCUUAAGGAAGCAGAACGGAGUAUUGUUAAAAUCAAUGAACCUCAGAACCUCAGUGUUCAGCCUGUGAGCCCCAACAUCACAGUAACACCAGCUGAGAGAGACAUAGAGCCAGUGAAGGAAUCUGGAGAGGCAGAGACAAGACUAGGAGUGAGAGAUCGCAGGAAAGGGAGGAAAGAGAGACGCUCUACUGGUAUCGUUCAGCUGGCUGAAGAGAUGGAUGAUUUUGAUGCAAAUGAAGAUGCUGAAAAAGACAAGAGCAUAAGGGAUCCUCUGUUAGAUGAUUCCAGACACUCUUCUCAUUAUUUUAGAAAGUUGUAUCUGCAGGUGUUGCAAGAGAAUGGAGAUCUAAAAGAGAAACUGCAGGAAACUCAACUGCAGCUAAAUGAAAGUAAAGUUCAGCUGGAGAAACUCAAACAGAAUCAAGAGAAUGGAUCAGACAGACCAGCCUUACUGGAGCUGGAGAGAUUUGAAAAAAAAGUUCUUCAGCGGAGAGCAUCUGAGUUAGAAGAUGAACUCAAAGUGCUUGUGGAUUUGCGUGCUGAUAACCAGAGACUGAAGGAUGAAAACGCAGCUCUCAUUCGUGUCAUUAGUAAGCUGUCUAAAUGAACCUUUGGGCUCUUUGCAUUGUUUUCCUGAAUUCUUUGCCCAAACAAAGAACUGCACAAUAUUUUUCUUUCCCUCUCUCAUCUCCGGGACAUAUACAUCUGCCCGGGGUGGUUAAACUACUGUUCUUCAAUUUGAUAUGUACAUAUGUGAGGCCUUGUUUAGCUGCCAUUUUAGAUCCAUCAAAACUGGAAUUUUCCAUCUGCUGUUCAGCUGCUUUAGAUUUUGGUGUUGAGCUUUGAUUCAGGGUGCUCUUGUGUCAUUUGUAAUGCUAUUGAUUUAUUUUGUGCAAUGUGCUUGCUGCUUUUUAUUAAUAGCACAGCUUUAAUGUUUCUUAAAAUUCUGCAGACUUGCCAUCUCACUAAUUUAGUUCACAUCCUUAUUGUACCCUUAUUACACUGGGCUGCACUGAUGACAAUGUUAUUGAUACUUUGAAGUUUCAGUUCAGGUUUACUGUUGAGUUUCACUUAAAGACAUCUACCAUUGCAAACUCUUUGCCUUUUGGCAGGUACUUCUUAACCUGUUAAUAUAGAUAAAUCAAAAGUUUAUAAUACAAAGAAUAUAGGAUGGAAUGUAGUUCAUUAAUAGCAAAGAAUUGACAUCAUAGAUCUGUAAUGUUAACGGAUCAGAUGAAUGUACAUUGAAAUAGAAAUUAAAUUUUAUUUUAUAUAUUUUCUUAUGCAUUCAUAUUUGAAUGUACAUGAAGUACUGAUCUGUUAAGCAUGAUCUAAUAUUUGUUAAAGGCUUAUUAGUGAAAUUACAGUGUUAUCAAACUUACAAAUGUUUAAACCUAGCUUUUUAAUGUCAUGGCGCUGUUAGCUUGCCAAUGCCAUCAUAAUUUUAGCUUAAAUGUUUCUUUUGUUUUUUAAAAAUAUUUCUUGUAAUGGUGUGAGAGAAAAAAAGUGCCAAACAGUAAUGACAUUGCUCAGGGGUCUCUUGGUGAGGCAGUAGAACAUCUUGGGGUUGUGUGUCUUUUUCUCAGUAUGUAUUUGGAUUAACACUGUACUUUAGCUGACUACUGUUCUUUGGACCAAAUAGGCAUUAGUAUGAAUCUAUUUCUCUAUUAUUGCAUAUUUAUGAAUAUAUUAUAUAUGGUGAAUUUUGAUGAUGUUGUGUUCUGCCAGUGGUGUAAUCUCUUUUUACAAGGAAGAGACACAAAGUGUUUUGUACUGUGAUUAUGAGUUUUGUCCUAAACCAAACUGGCGCCAUAGGUCAAAGCUUUUUAAAAGUUUACCACUGUUUAUUCGUUUUCCCUUAAAAUGAUUGCUUUCAGAGCUUAAGCAUUUGUUCAUCCAGCCAGUGUAUUUUGCCAAAAAAAUGUGCCUUAUAUAUAUCUGUUGCUUUGUUAAAAAAGGAUGACCAAUAAAUAUCAGUGCAAAUGGUUGUGUAACAACCAUUAAAGUGGUCUCUGCACCAUUGCUUUUAGCUCUUGCAUAAAUAAAUAGCAGCUUGCUAGACAUUAUUUUCAAAAGUUUGAUUUCCCAUUAGUGGCAGUGGUAGAAAAAUUAAAUGAAAUGUAUGUAGUAGACAAAUGUUUUCUGGUUCCUUGUGAGAAUUUAGAAUAUGAUAAAUUAAAAUCUUACUGGGAAACAC